AUGACUGACAACACGACUACUACUUCUAUUACUAGUAUUGCUAUUACUGUGACUUCGACUAAUAGUACUUUUGUCCGUCCUGCCUAUUUUAUUCUAAGUGGAUUCAUUGGCAUACCUAAUAUCAAGUACUACUAUGUCUUUCUCUUUUUUGUUUAUAUUGUUUCAGUGCUGGGAAACACAGUUGUGAUGGCCGUAAUAUACUUGGAUCAUAAUCUGAGAACUCCAAAAUAUAUUGCAGUUUUUAAUUUAGCAUUUGUGGACCUGUUUGGUAACUCUGCUCUGGUGCCGAAGCUCCUUGACAUCUUUCUGUUUAACCAUCGUUCCAUCCCCUACAGCGACUGCUUGGUGUUUUUUUUUUUCUGCUACACCUGCAUUUCAAUGCAGUCAUUUAAUCUGGUUGCACUCUCCUAUGACAGACUGAUAGCCAUCAUCUACCCACUGCACUACCAAGUGAAGGUGACCCACAGGUUCAUGCUGUCUUUGAUUGCCUCUUUCUGGGUCUUUGUUAUAACUGUUGUACUUAUAGCAGUUGGCCUUCUUACGAGACUUUCCUUCUGUAAGUCUGUGGUUAUUAACAGCUAUUUCUGUGACCAUGGCCAGAUAUACAAGCUGGCCUGCAAUAAUACAAUUCCCAGCCGUGCCUUUGGUUUGUUGUUAAUAACUCUUAUUCUUUGGCUUCCACUGGCAUUUAUCUUGUUUAGUUAUUCAUAUAUUGGCUAUGCAUUGUCUAAAGUAGCCACAGCUCAGGAAAGAGUGAAGGCCUUUAAAACGUGCACGGCUCAUCUUUCAUUAGUGGUAAUCUAUUUCCUCCCAAUAUUAGUCACAUUUACUAUGAGUUCAAAAAUUAAUCCAAAUGCCAGGAUCAUAAACCUGUCUCUGACCUCCAUCUUUCCUCCCAUGCUGAACCCAAUCAUUUAUGUUCUGCAGACACAGGAAAUCAAAGUAUCACUAAAGAAAUUAUUAAAAAUCAGAAGGGAAUCCAAAAUUACAGCAAAGAAAGUAAUCAUAAAAUGA